AACUAAAUCUUUGCAUAUUAAUGCUGAACAGCUUGGGAAACCACAAAGAAUCUCUUGAUAAAGAAUUUGUCAAAUUAAUAGAGAUUUUGAAGAGAUUCAGGAUGGAAUAUUUGUAUUUCAGAGAAGAAUUUCUUUCCAGGCAGAAUCAAAGAGAAGCGCUUGAACCAGUGCAAGGAGAUGCUGUCAAGCAGGAAGCUGUUGUUAGGAAGAAAGUCCAAGGAACCAGCCCAUGGCCGGAGGAGAGAGCAGAGCAGGUUGAGGAUCGAGAUCCGACAGCCCACUCAGCUGGUGACAAAGCGAAGUUUUUGCUGCAUGAAUUAGAGCAAGCAAUCUUGGAACAACGGAAUCUCCAGGCUAUAAAUACCGAAUUGGUGAACACUUGCCAGACACUUGAGCAGAAGACGAGAAAACUGAAAACAACAACUGAGUCACUGAGAAAGAAGUUAAUUAAAGGACGCCUCCAUGGCUUGUUAUUUCAGAGCUGUUUAGAUGAGGAAUUUCCUCGUUGUGAUCCCUUGUCCUGCUCAGAUGGAAUUCAACAACCGUUUCAAGAAAAACUGAAGCAGUGUUGCCAUAAACGAUAUAGUGGUCAAGAAGCAAGACUACAUCAGACACUCCUGACCUUCAUAUAUACGAGCUGGUAUACACCUCCGCUAGAUGUCUUGCAUGUAGAGAGUCUCACAGCAAUUACAAGACUGGAAUUGACACUUUUCUCAGGUGUAGCCAAAAGAAUCCAGGUUUCAUGUGAAAGGCCCAACUAUGGAGAAUUAGAAGAUGGAGCUUUGGAUGUGACUAGAAGACGCAAGUGCCCAGGCCCUAAAGUUGGCCCCUACCUAGGAUCAGAUCUUUCCGGUUGCAUCAGGAUGAAUGAUGACCUAAAGAUGGAACCCAUGGGAGAAUAUGUUUCAGUUUGUUCCAUGAGCACCUUGGCUACCGCACCCUCCAGUAGACGCUGUCAAAAGCAAAUGGGCUGGACCCUGGAUUUUCAUGAGAAUGGUGUUGACCACUUGUAUUCUGAGAGCCUGCCACAGUCCAGGGAAUGUUCCACACUGUCAUCUCCUGGACAUACUUUGUCCACAGAGAGUAGUACUCUAACUUCAAGUGAUUCUGGGUCAGAAAUUUUGAAUAUGGCUUCUGGUGACCUUGACUGUAAAUCACUCUGUGAGAAAGAGGAAGAUACAAGAUCAGCUUCUGGUAUGAUAAAGAUCACAGGCAAAAGUGCAUCUCCUGAGAAUAUCGCACAGCAAGGCUCUGUGAGUGAGGACAAAACCAUGUUAAAUCUGGAAGCAAAAGAGGAACCAGUAACAAUAGAUGAGCAUAGAAAAGAAUGUGCUGCAAGAGACACUGCUGUUUCCUCUCUUCCUGUAACCACUGUGAAAUCCGUUAACUUUAGACAAAGUGACAACACUUCUGCUAAUGAGAAGGAGGUGGAGGCCGAAUUUCUCAGAUUAUCUUUGGGAUUUAAGUGUGACUGGUUCACCCUGGAGAAAAGAGUAAAGCUUGAAGAAAGAUCCCGAGACUUGGCAGAAGAAAAUUUGAAGAAAGAAAUCACUAACUGUUUAAAGCUUUUAGAGUCUUUAACACCACUUUGUGAAGAUGACAACCAUGCCCAGGAAAUAGUUAAGAAGCUGGAGAAGAGUAUAACACUUCUUAGUCAGUGCACUGCACGAGUGGCCAGUAGGGCGGAGAUGCUGGGAGCCAUUAAUCAGGAAAGCCGGGUUAGUAAAGCAGUGGAGGUGAUGAUUCAGCAUGUAGAAAACCUGAAGAGAAUGUAUGCCAAAGAGCAUGCUGAGUUAGAAGAACUGAAACAGGUUCUUUUGCAAAAUGAAAGGUCUUUUAACCCUCUCGAAGAUGAAGAUGACUGCCAAAUUAAAAAACGUUCAUCUUCUCUAAACUCCAAGCCAUCUUCGCUCCGAAGGGUGACCAUUGCCUCUUUGCCCAGAAAUAUUGGAAAUGCAGGAAUGGUGGCUGGGAUGGAAAAUGACCGAUUCAGUAGGCGAUCAAGCAGCUGGCGUAUUUUGGGGUCAAAGCAGAGUGAACAUCGUCCCUCAUUACAUCGAUUUAUUAGCACCUACUCCUGGGCAGAUGCUGAAGAAGAAAAAUGUGAACUCAAAACUAAAGAUGACUCAGAACCACCUGGAGAAGAAAUAGCAGAAAGGACAAGAAAGCCAAGUCUUUCUGAAAAGAGAAAUAAUCCGUCAAAAUGGGAUGGCUCUUCAUUUUAUGACACAGUAGCUGCCUGGGCAACAAACCUCAAGACUUCCUUCAGAAAGGCGAAUAAGGCACUCUGGCUUUCUGCUGCAUUCAUUGUGCUGUUUGCAGCUUUGAUGAGCUUCCUCACUGGACGAUUCUUCCAGAAGUCUGUGGAUGCUGCUCCCAUACCAGAUGGGGACUCCUGGAUGUCUCUAGAGCAAAUCUUGUGGCCAUUCACCGGACUCCAACACAAUGGACCACCACCAGUGUGACUUAGCACAUCUUAAUGUAUGUGUCUUGAUUUUUAAAGUUUUAGUAUCUGAACUUUGUAAAUUAGUGAUUUUUAGCUGGGAAAUUAUAGCAUUGAACCACAGGGUCUCAGAAGGACUGCAAGAUAUUUAACAUCCCUUCUUUCUGUGAGUUCCUCUCUGACUAAAAUACAAUGGGGAAGAAGCCUGCCUAUGAUUUUUAGUGAGCUUUUUGAGGAGGAGAUAUUCCAUAUUGCUUGUUAAAAUUUAUUCAAAUAGAGUAAAAAGUGAACAUUUUCAGUGGGUCAAGUAUUCAUAAGAAAAAAACCCCACUUUUUAAAAAAUAAAAUUUGAGUACAAAAUGCUUAUUAGAUUUUAAUAACCUUUUGAAAUACAGUCACUCAUUACAUUGCUUUUGAAGAAAUGCCUGAUUUUGCUCUGGGUUGCUUGACUUUUCAUACUGCAUAAAAUCUGUCAGCGGGGAUUAAGAAUAGCUGAGCACUCUGGUCGAGAGUAGCAUAUAGCACACAGAGUCAAUCAGCUGGCAGCUGGAGCUCCUAACUUUUUCCAUGGCUUUUUGGGAAGCAAAAUCCUUAACCAUGUGAUAUAAAGUAGAAUGAAACUCAGUUUCUUCUUUAAGGGCUUCAGAGAAUGUCUCACUGUUUUCAUUGAUCUUGAGCCUUUGUGCUCUGUCACCACUAAACAUUAAAAGGGUCCAAUUAGGUUUCUGAAUAGGUUUUUCACUAAGGUGUUCCUUCAGCUACAGGAAAAGAAAAUUAGAGAAAUCCAUUAAUAGUUCCUCUAAUAGGUAUUUUGGCAGAGUAUAAUUUGAACUCAGUCCCCAAAAUUGCUAAUGUAAAAGAAACACUCUUUAGUGUCUGAUCUCUUAAACCAUGUUUGUAUGUAUGUAUUCAUUCAACAGAGAUUUCUUGAGUAGCUCGUAUGUGCCAGGGAAUGUUCUAGGUGCUGGAGAUAUAACAACAAAGAAGAAAAAACCAUAUUAAUAACAAUUGCAAUAAUAAAAUCCUAUCCUCCAGGAGCAUAUAUUCGAGUGGGAGAAACACAUAGUAUACAAGUAAAUAUGGUGGCUCACUUGCGCUAUCUUUUUUUAUCAGGCAGCAGUAAAUGUGCCAGAAAGUUCAAUUGGAGGCCUGUCUCUGAGAGGAAAAAAGCUUCCAUUUGUUCUCAUUUUGAUGUAAAGAGCUGUCAGGACACUACCCUGAAGUCCAGAGUGUUUGAUACCAUAAUGGACAGUGAAGGUAUAGCCUUUAUAUAGCUUGGUUUUAUAUUUUUGACAAAAUAAACAAAAGUGAAGUUUUAAAACUA